AUCGUAACACUUUUCGUUACAUUGAUUUUGAACAUACUGAUGUAUCAACGUUUACUAAGUAAACUUGGGUAUCUACAAUACAUAGACGAAACUGGAGAUAGCUUUGGAAGUGACAAAUGCAUAGAUUCGCAAGAAUAUGUACAUGAUAUAGGUUUUUAUGAUGGUACAAUAACCUACCCUAAAUCAUGGAUUUCUACAGAUUCAGAAGAUGUUUCAGAAAAUUCCGAUAUAUUGGCAAAUGACAAGACAAUGGAAAAGGAAAUUCCUUCUCAAAAUUAUUUUAUGGCUCGAAAAGAAACGAAUAAUAAACCAAUUCAACAAGAAAGAAAUGUUCCUGAGAACUUACUACGAGUAUCUAAAGAUCAGCCUUUACUUGCUCCAGAUAAAAGACAAGAUAAGGAUUUUUGUCCCGAACCGAUACCUUCAGGUGACUUGGAUUGGAAUAAAGUCUUUACAUUCCUUGUCAACAUUAUAGAACCUUCAACAUGGAGGCUGUUUUUUGUAGAGCUAUUCGGUUAUGGCGAACAUUUACUUGCUAAUGGGCAGACAACUAAUUCCAUUAUUGAGCAUAUUAAACUAAGCAAUAAUGGAGCAUCUUCGGAAUUAUUUUUUGAUUUGUUCCAAAAAUGGCUCAGACUUAUGGGUUCUGAAGCAAAACCUUCACAAAUUGAAACUGCACUUGAAGCUCGUAUGGACAAUCUAGCGUUGUCAAAAUUUAGGCAAUUUAUGAGGUAAGAAACCAUGAUACAAAAUAAUUAAAUUAAUAUU